AUGCCUUACAACGCGGAAAUGAAAGAAAAAGCAAUGCAAGUUGCUGCAGGAGAAGCCACCAGGAGAAGCCACCAGGAGAAGCCACCAGGAGAAGCCACCAGGAGAAGCCACCCAGAGAAGCUACCAGGAGAAGCUACCAGGAGAAGCCACCAGGAGAAGCCACCAGGAGAAGCCACCAGGAGAAGCCACCAGGAGAAGCCACCAGGAGAAGCCACCAGGAGAAGCCACCAGGAGAAGCUACCAGGAGAAGCUACCAGGAGAAGCCACCAGGAGAAGCCACCCAGAGAAGCUACCAGGAGAAGCUACCAGGAGAAGCCACCAGGAGAAGCCACCCAGAGAAGCUACCAGGAGAAGCUACCAGGAGAAGCCACCAGGAGAAGCCACCAGGAGAAGCUACCAGGAGAAGCCACCAGGAGAAGCCACCAGGAGAAGCCACCAGGAGAAGCUACCAGGAGAAGCUACCAGGAGAAGCCACCAGGAGAAGCCACCAGGAGAAGCUACCAGGAGAAGCUACCAGGAGAAGCCACCAGGAGAAGCCACCAGGAGAAGCCACCAGGAGAAGCCACCAGGAGAAGUCACCAGGAGAAGCCACCAGGAGAAGCCACCAGGAGAAGCUACCAGGAGAAGCCACCAGGAGAAGUCACCAGGAGAAGCUACCAGGAGAAGCUACCAGGAGAAGCCACCAGGAGAAGCUACCAGGAGAAGUCACCAGGAGAAGCCACCAGGAGAAGUCACCAGGAGAAGCUACCAGGAGAAGCCACCAGGAGAAGCCACCAGGAGAAGCCACCAGGAGAAGCCAUCAGGAGAAGCUACCAGGAGAAGCUACCAGGAGAAGCUACCAGGAGAAGCCACCAGGAGAAGCCACCAGGAGAAGCUACCAGGAGAAGCUACCAGGAGAAGCUACCAGGAGAAGCCACCAGGAGAAGCUACCAGAAGCCACCAGGAGAAGCUACCAGAAGCCACCAGGAGAAGUCACCAGGAGAAGCCACCAGGAGAAGCCACCAGGAGAAGCUACCAGGAGAAGCCACCAGGAGAAGUCACCAGGAGAAGCUACCAGGAGAAGUCACCAGGAGAAGUCACCAGGAGAAGCUACCAGGAGAAGCUACCAGGAGAAGCCACCAGGAGAAGCUACCAGGAGAAGCUACCAGAAGCUACCAGGAGAAGUCACCAGGAGAAGCUACCAGGAGAAGCUACCAGGAGAAGCCACCAGGAGAAGCUACCAGGAGAAGCUACCAGGAGAAGCCACCAGGAGAAGCUACCAGGAGAAGCUACCAGGAGAAGCUACCAGGAGAAGCUACCAGGAGAAGCUACCAGGAGAAGCUACCAGGAGAAGCCACCAGGAGAAGCCACCAGGAGAAGCUACCAGGAGAAGCUACCAGAAGCCACCAGGAGAAGCUACCAGAAGCCACCAGGAGAAGCUACCAGAAGCCACCAGGAGAAGCCACCAGAAGCCACCAGGAGAAGCCACCAGGAGAAGCCACUAGGAGAAGCCACCAGGAGAAGCCACCAGGAGAAGCCACUAGGAGAAGCCACCAGGAGAAGCCACCAGGAGAAGCUACCAGGAGAAGCCACCAGGAGAAGCCACCAGGAGAAGCCACCAGGAGAAGCCACCAGGAGAAGCUACCAGGAGAAGCCACCAGGAGAAGCUACCAGGAGAAGCUACCAGAAGCCACCAGGAGAAGCCACCAGGAGAAGCCACUAGGAGAAGCCACCAGGAGAAGCCACCAGGAGAAGCUACCAGGAGAAGCCACCAGGAGAAGCCACCAGGAGAAGCCACCAGGAGAAACCACUAGGAGAAGCCACCAGGAGAAGCUACCAGAAGCCACCAGGAGAAGCCACCAGGAGAAGCCACUAGGAGAAGCCACCAGGAGAAGCCACCAGGAGAAGCCACCAGGAGAAGCUACCAGGAGAAGCCACCAGGAGAAGCCACCAGGAGAAGCCACCAGGAGAAGCUACCAGGAGAAGCCACCAGGAGAAGCCACCAGGAGAAGCCACCAGGAGAAGCCACUAGGAGAAGCCACCAGGAGAAGCUACCAGGAGAAGCUACCAGGAGAAGCCACCAGGAGAAGCCACCAGGAGAAGCCACCAGGAGAAGCUACCAGGAGAAGCCACCAGGAGAAGCCACCAGGAGAAGCCACUAGGAGAAGCCACCAGGAGAAGCCACCAGGAGAAGCUACCAGAAGCCACCAGGAGAAGCCACCAGGAGAAGCCACUAGAAGCCACCAGGAGAAGCAGGAUGUCUUACAGGAAACUGACAGUCUUAAAGUGUGUUGA